AUGGCUGUCAAAGAAUUCACUGUAGUCAGUGAGCCUAUCAAGCAUAUCUUCGACAGAACCCACAAUGGGCACAUCGCUGCAUUAACAACGGAUGUCUAUGCGGUGACGAGAGAGCAUGCCCUGUGGUUGAGUAUUUUGGUGGCAAACCAAUCACUUCUCCAGACGACAUCGAGAAGGUCGACGGGUUGGUCGUUUCUGAGGAAGGUGGAAAGACCACAUUUAGACUCUCGGUUUCCUCCUCUCAGGGUGUCCUUUUCGCUGCUGACCUGUGGCUGAGGCUGCUUGCCGGUGAGACCUACUCGUGGAGACAUGCUCUAUUUACCGACGAUGUUCUCGUUCCAUGGAACGAAUUCCGGGACAAUCCGAUGAGACGUAUCUUCUUUCCUUCCCACGGCAUUGUAGUCGAAAUCACCAAUGCAGGAGAUCCCGCUAAGACCCUCAUUGCUGUCAUGGAGAAAAACCACACCUAUGGUGGCUAUGUCGAGACUAGCGAAAUUAGAAUGUCUGGAAAGAAGGAGAUUCUCAUUGACCUCAUUGAGGAGCGUAUCAUAUUAUACUAGGGAAGCCCGCACCCUUGGCACUCAGGUACGCUAUCACCCCGAGACUAGCUCUGUCGUUAUAAGAGGCCGAUCGAUGAAAGGCAGGCGGAUCGGAGAAAUAAGGAAAUUGAAGUCAAGGAGGAACGACUGCAUAUUUUUCGGAUUCGGAUUUUGCUUGUUCAUCCUUCUAUCCAUGGCAGUACAGAGGGUUUGUAUAAGAAAUACAAAGAGCUUCCCCCAAGGUGCUCACUCCGGAAAUCCUUCCGGAGAUGCACAUGCAACCUAGAGUUUCGGUGCCCAUCACAUCCAUCCUUCAGAUGCAUCCUCCGCUUUGCCCUCCGAUAGUUACCGGCCAUGUAUGCGAAUACUGAAAUAUAGUAUACAAACCAAGUAUACCCCAUCCUCCUCUUUGAUCGAUAAUGAGCGACAAAGGAAACCACUAACUAAGGAGCGGCAGGAAAGGUACAAAGGAAAGAUUCAAGUUGGUCUGUGUAGAGUCAUCACCGGUGAUUUUCAACAGCUCUACAUCUAUCGCGAGGUGAUGGAGAGAAGGAGCGAUAGAAUCAAAGAAUGUUACUACUGGCUCUGAUUUUGUCGGUGAGAAUUUUCUCCUCAACGAGGCCAUAACCGAUGUGUUGGACAGCGGAAGCGCACAGGUUACUGGACAGGCGAUUGCCGAUUUCGUUUACGAAGUUGGAGAUAAUUGCGAGGCUUUCGUUGAGAGACCUGUGACUGUCUACGCGCUCAUGGAUUCUGCUAUUGUCGUUAGGCGGAACGCUAUCAUCAAAGCAACCUUCCCAAAGUCGAUGGACUAG